AUGAAGAAGCUUCUUUCACCCCUUAGAGACCCAGAGGAUCAGUUAUCUCUUAUUGUAAAGACUGGCUUAACCCUGUUAUCCCCAAUACCUGGACAGCCUUACAAAAAAGCAGGACAGCCCAAGGUUGAAAAGACUGAACUUGAGAAGCAACAAAAAGAGACCCAGAAGCAGACAGUGAAAAGCUCCAACAAUGGGAAGUGGAAGCACAUGGUACGUAAUCUUAUCACAUGCACUUAGAAUUGUUUUGAAAAGGAUUUACUUUGCUUACUUUUUCUGUCCCAAAGCAUCACAUAUUUUUAAAGUUAUAGUGACAAUAACUUUAUGUCCCUUUUCGGUUCCAUUUGUUUAUAUAGGUUUGCAUGAGCCUGUAUAAUUUUACUGUAAGAUUGAAUACUUGUAUUCCCUAUUUUAAAAGGAAAAUACAACUUCCUUUAAUAUUUGUAAAGGUUUAUAAAGUAUUUUUUUUUUUACGAAUAUUCCAGCCAUCUCCUCAAUCUUAUUAUAUUUGAAUACCAUUAAAGGAAACACAAAAAUAACACAUUGUUCCACUACAGAAAGGUGCAAAAUUUUUCAUGUUGUGUUUUAGUUUACCUGGAAUGCUGAGAAAAAUAAUUGAAUUCCAUUAUAUAUUGUCAUGGCUUGCAGACGCCCCAACUGCAAAAAAAAAUUCUAAUUGAAGAAUGCUAUUAUCUUUGUUUUUAGUUUAUUUGCAUGUAGCCAUUUUCAUUGAAAAGGCUACAACAUACCUGACCAGACAAGUCCCCAUUCUAUGAAAUAUCACAAUUUGUACUUAAAGGGAUACUAAAGUGCCAGGAAUACAACGCUCUCUUUCUGGCACUAAAGCUUCCCUCUUCCUCCACAUCCCUCCUAACCACCCCAUACUGGUGAGUAAAAGGUUAAUAACCCUUUAUUUACUCACCUUAUACUAAUGCCAAUUUAACUUGGUGCUGGGUCACAGCUCCGCCUCCUCCGACGAGCGAUUGCUAAUGGGCAUGCUUGGCACAAGCAGCGCGUGUAAUAGACCUCCCUAUAGGAAAGCACUGAAUGACUGCUUUCCCAUUGGGAAAAAUCUGACCCUGGAUGUCCUCAUGCAGAGCAUGAGGAUGUCCAGCAUCAGUUACUAGACCAAAGGUCUGUUUUUAUUCAGGAACUGCCUCCAGUGGCUGUCUCCUAUACAGCCACUGGAGGCAGGCUAAGUGCUUAAAUGUAAACAUUGCAGUUUCUUUGGAAUGUUUAACAUUGCAGAACUAAGUGCAAUAGGGACACUGUACCCAGACCACUUCAUUGAGUUGAAGUGGUGUGGCUGUAUGUAGUGUCAAUUUAAAUCUGUCAGUUCAGUCUUACUUUUGACUUCCUACAGCAGUGUGUUUUGUGAUUUUUGUGGCUUGACAUGGCUGCUGGACUGUAUUUCCAUUUUCAUGAGAUAAUAUAUUUUUGCUGAUAGAUGUUUGCUUUCUUUUAGUAUCGUCAGUGUCUUCAGUAACAAUAUUUUUGUUUUUCACAUAGUCUUCAUAGCUUUGUAAAUAUCAAAAUUUACGAUCAAUUAUUUUUUUAACUUUGAUUUAUUUAUUUAUUUUUUAGGCUGACCUUUCAUCUUUAAAUAAGUGGCAGUUGGGGCGUGGCACUGAAGCAGGUUAUACAGAAUCAAGUAGCACAAAGGAGUCCACCACUUCCUCUACCCCCAUCCAAAACACCAAGACUGCACAAAAAGGCAAUGAAAGCAGCCAGGGCAGGCAUAAGUCUCCAGCUCAAUAUGAGAGCACAACACAAAGGAGAACUUUGUCCAAAAAAGCCGAAAAGGCAUCUGUAAAGGCACACAAAAUAGAAAUUGUUACUACAGCAGAAAUUACUACAAAUAUGCCCCCUAGCAGUCCCAAGGCUUCUACAAAUGGCUCUCACAAUCACAACAUGAAGAAAGAACCCAAAUCCUCUCCCAGCCUUACAGCAGAGAAUAAAAAGUCUAAGUCUUUACCUAGACCCCUUCAGAAGUCCAGAGAGUUUGUUAAAACAUCUUUAUUCCAAACUUCUAAAAAUUUAGAGAGCAAUAGAACAUCUCCUCUAAAACCCUCCAUUGAGCAGGAUGAUAUUUUUUAUCGCUCAUUAUUCAUUCCUAUGAAGGGGCUUCUUUCACCCCUUAGUGACCCUGAGGAUCAGUUACCUCUUAUUGUAAAACAUGACUUAAGCCUGUUGUCCCAGAUUCCUGGAUGGCCUUACAAAAAUGCAGAGCAGCCCACGAUUGAAAAGAUUGCACCUAAGCAGCACCCAAAAGAAACCAAGAAACAGACCGAGCAAAGCUUCAAUAAGGGAAAGCGAACGCACAAGGUUUGUAAUAUCAACACAUACACAAAGAAUUGUUUUGAAAAUGAUUUAUUUUGUUUUCUUUUUCUGUCCCAAAACACCACAUCAUUUUAAAAUUAUAGUAAAAUUAACUUUAUAUCUCUUUCCGGUUUAACGUGCUUUCACAGCUCUAACUUUUUCAUAAUGAAUAGAAGGGUUUGUUCCUACUGUAAUUUUACUCCUGGACCAAAGACACAUGAUUUUAUUCCAGAAAUGACAUCUGUCCUUUUUGUUUUACACUUUCACCAUUCUGACCACUAGCAUAAGUUGCAUUGGUUACUGAAGUUUUCCUAAACAAAUAUAUUUUCCCACUGUAAUGGGGUUCUCAAUAUUGUCUCAUUUUGUGUUAUUUGCAAACAAUUGAUUUUUGUGCUGUCUAAAUAGCCAUUUUAAUGUUUCUUCAAGGACAUCAAAUAGAAACUGAACAAAGCUUUGUUAUACUCUUGGCUAGGUGUCCCAAGUUUCCAUUCAGAUUAAUAUAAAUAAUAAAUGUUAAGAUUUAUUGACUGACAAUUCAAUAGAAAAUUCUGAUUUUUUAUUUUUCUAAAUAAGGGUGCCUUUAAAAACUCGAGCUUUGCACUGUGAUUAGAUAUUUUUAAAUAUUUUAUAUUUAUAGAAUAUGUACAUAAUAUUGAUUUUUUUUUUAACAGAAUGAUGAAGAAUUAAAGGGUAAUGAUGCCAAGAAACAAAAAGUGGAAGAAAAGACCACAAACUACAAAGUGCCCAGUAAAGAGUAAGUAGUAUAUCUGAUCUUGUUUAUUCAUUCACUAUGUGUGCAUGUUUGUAUUGUGUGUGCAUCUGUGUAACCUCUCAUGUACAUUGUGUUACAACACCUCAUUAAUAUAUUUGUUUUUUCAUGUUUCAGGUUGUCAAAACCAAAUACUGUAAAGGGAAGAGAGUUACUCCCUUCACCUGCAACCCCUGAUCUACAGAAAGAUUUCAAGUCUAAACAUGGGUCUUGUAAAAGAACCAUUAGCCAGUCUUCAUCUCAGAAAUCCAGCAUCAGUGGCAGCACAAAGGAUAGUGGCAAUGAAAGUAAGUCUUCUGAUAAGCAAAGAAAAACUGGAAGUAGCACCGAGGAGACAAAGGUAAACAUUGCAAUGGUUUUCCAGACAGAAAUUCUUAGGGAUGAUAGUUACAAAAACCUGAUUUGCCCAAAUUAAUAUCUUAAGGGAUUGUUAAAUCCAACAAAUAUUGCCUUGUUUAUUUGCAAAGUUGAACAUGUUUAUGUCUUAAACUGAGUAAAUCCUUCUUAAAUGGGAAUAGCGUGUAGCUGAGUAUUGUUAAACCCGUACAUAACCCAAUCCAAUUGGAUUCAGCUACAGACCCUUAGUCUGUAGUGAAGUCAAUAAGCAACGUAAUAGCCGACCAUUUGUUUUCAAGGUUUUAUGUGUUGCUUUCAGCCAACAUGCGUUUAACUUUAAACCAGUUUAUGGAUAUAGAUCAAAACAGAAGCACAUUUCUGACACUUCUGACAAUAUAACUUGGUCCAUUAUUGGAGACCCAACGUAUGGUUGUGAGGAAGAGUUCCACUGUCUGGAUUAGAUCUCAUUCAUAAAUAGAAUGACUUUUCCAAUCAGGUUUUUUAUUUAUUUAACCCCUUAAGGACCAAACUUCUGGAAGAAAAGGGAAUAGUGGCAUGUCACACAUGUCAUGUGUCCUUAAGGGGUUAAAUGAUUUUCAAUGAUGUAGACAUCACAAUUGGAACAGCACUAACAACAAUAUAGUCCGCAAUACUUUACUUUGUGUAAUGAAUUGUACAUUUCUUCCUUUCCAGGAUAAACCCUCAGGUAAUACAGCUUCUGUUGCUUUUGUGCCAGCAAUCGAUAACAAAUCGUGGAGAGCAAAACUGACCUUCGAAGACAGGUGAGGCAUUUGAAAUACAAAAUCAUCUCUUUAACAUGGUGUUGUACAGAUAAACCUUUAUGAUAGUUUAUAACAUGAAAACACAAACAAAACAAGUUAAUUAUUUAACAUGUUAAUCAGCAAAAAAUAUAUUUUUUGACCAUAUCGUAUUUACACCUUAACAAUCUCUGGGAAGGAUUCUCAAAUGGUAACACAUGACAACGUGUUUUAUCUUUUUUCAUUAAACUAAAUAGCAUUUUUCUUUUCAAAACUAUUUAAUGUAUCUGUAGUUCUAUUCUACUUCAGCUGUUGUUGUAUAGGAAAAAUAAUGCCGGCCAUGUUGUCCAGCAAGAGCUGACUUUAAAGGUCCCUGGCCUAUUAUAACCUUUGACUUCUAGUGUUUAACAAACACAUUGCUUAACUCAACACAUCACAUUAGAAAACUCAAAAACACCAAAUUUUGUCCAUGCAACAGAUGGCUUUAAAGGUCCCUGUGCUAUUAUAACCUUCUAGUUAUAAGACUUCUAGUGUUAAACAAACACAUUACUUAACUCUCUCUAUUAGAUAAAUCUUUAAGAUUGUAGAAAACUCAAAAACACCAAACAACAAAACAAGUAAAUAAUUUACAAUGUUUGUGUGCAAAAUAAUAUUUUUGAUCUACACAUUACCAAUCUCUGGGAAAGUUUGGGGAUUCUGGUGGUAGGUGUUGGCUACAAUCUGAUCUUAGGGCCCAACUACCAUUGUCUUCUGUCCUUAUAAAUUGUCAUAUAGACUUAACUCCGAGGGUCAGUGUAAGAACGAUUUGUGUGCCUUGCUUUUCUCUCUAGCACUCAAAUGGUUAAACUAGACAAUAUGUUUUAUCACUUAUUUCCUUUGCAAUGAGUAGUUUCAUAAAAAUUUGGUAUGAAAAUAUCUCUUAAUCCAUUUUGCCUCUUCCAGAACCCAUUCAGCUGAUCACUAUCUACUAGAAGCGAAGAAAGUAAAGCACAAGGCUGAUGCGUUGGUAAUGAAGUAUCCCCAAAUCUUUACAAAGGUGCUUUUCACUUUGCUUACGUUUAUUCUGGAGGGUGGAAGAUAGCGGGUUUUGCAUGUAUUGUUGUAAAUUUUCAGUGUGUUUGUCUUUGUAUUUUUCUAACCUGGCAAAAAAAAAUCUUUUUUAUUUCCUUUGUAGUCAGACAGGUUCGAGAAAGCAGUACUCUACCUUGAUGCGGUGCUUUCUUUCAUUGAGUGCGGGAACGCUUUAGAGAAGAGUGUCGAAGAAUCAAAAUCUCCAUUUCGGAUGUAUGGUGAAACAUUAGAGUUAAUAAAGUAUGUAUUUUAAUUUGAACUUUCAUUUUUAUGGGAUGUGAUAUGCUUGUCAUAUUAUUACUUGUUAAGCAGUAGUUUAAGGGUUUUUUUUUUUUUUAAAUCACUGCCCAUGUUUUGUGCAGAGCGUCAUGUAAUACAUCAGAGAUAGGUACACUUUUCUGUGGAUGCUCUAUUUUCAUGGCAUCCAGCUUAAAACCAAUCUAGGCUGUAGGGAAACCAGAAAAGGGCGAUGUUAAUAUUAGUAAUACAUGCCAUAAUGCCUGCAGCCUGUGGUGGGUGUCACCUUGCCUUUCCUCUUUGGUCACUGCUCAACUCCUGCUCUUUUGAAUUCUAUAAAAAUUAGAAUAAUUAAUUUAAAUACUACCAGGGGUCUGAUCUGAUGUAGUCUAUUCUAUUAGGAAUCUUAGUAGUGGAAGAAUGUUGUUAGAAAUUUGUGGCAACUGUGUGCAGUGAGGCUUAGUGAAAGUAAACGUUAAUGUCUUACAAAUAUACUACUACAACAAUUAAUUUUACUAUCUUUUAAUAAGUUUGCAUUACCUUUCUAGGUACACCUUGAAAUUGGCAUGCCCUGCAGCCCCUGAUGCUACAUCAGAUGAUAAGAGACUUGCUGUUCUUUGGUAUGUAUUUUUUCACUCUUGCAUUGUAAACCAAAAUCACACCAUUGUCAGUAAACCAAAACCGAGCGUUAUCUGAUAUUAAUUCUGAAGGCAGAUAGUAGAGCAAAUAUCUCAAAGUGUAAAUAUAAGCCAUGCUCUGUUUUACCUGUCUCCAUGCACAACUUUUUCAAUUUCCAGUAGAUAUGUAUAUAAAGUGUAUGCCGGUGAGGUAGUCAUUGGUUGGACUUAACAAAUAUGAUCUGUUUGGAAUAGCCAGUUUGAAACCGGAUGCUUGUGAAUCAUACAUUGCAUACAGAUACUUCUAAAUGUGAACAGAUAACUAAAAGUUCUAGGUAUAUAUGGCAGGGAGUGUUAUAAUCAAGGUGCUAUUCUCCCUUCAGAUUUGCAACCAGUUUGGUAAGCAUGGCUACCUGUACUAAUAGGAGAAAAAUAAUACCAGUGUCAACAGUUAGUACCACAUUGUUUUCCUUUGCUGGUAGAUAUUUUAACAAAGAAAUUUAUCAACUAAGAAAACACUAUGCUAAAAUGAAUCAUCCAGCCAGUGAGAUACCUGGUCUACUAACUAAUACAGAUUUUACAUGCUGCAUAUUUAGUGAUUGAUUUUGUUGUGUCUCCUCAGUCUUUGCUGUCAAUCCCUUUUGUACUUGAGGUUAUUCAAACUGAAGAAGGAGAGUGCAUUGGAAGAUUCCAAGACAUUAACUGAAUACUUAAACGUAAGAGCUUUUUCAGAAUGGUAGCAAUUGUUUGGUAUUUCUAUAUAUUGUAUCUUUGGGUUAUUCUUUUUUUUAUAUAUUUGUGUUGUCAGUGAUUUUGUUUAGGACUGAUAUUUUUGAAUACUAAUGACUGAUUUAAAUUGAAAUAUUUUAUAGAAAUGUAGAUGUAAGGGGUAAUUCUUAUCAGGUCCAUAGCUCAAAGUGCAAUUCCUUCUACAGUUAAAUAUUGUACAUUAUUAAACUGCCAUGUACAAAUCUUGGGGAUUACAGGAACAUCUUCACAUGUUUAUACUUCUGUUUUAUACAUUUUGUUGGUGAUAUUAUUUGUAGAUGUAUUCAUUAAAAAUGUUUACUUAUCUGAAGUUCACAUCCUACAUUAGGAGGGUAAUAAUAUACAUAAUAAUAGACUGGUAGUGGUCCUUGAGGAAUAGAUCAUAAACGCCCACUGUAAUUCCAGGGAUUUUAUUCAAUAUUUAACAUGUUUUUUUUUCCUUUGCAGAUCUCUUAUGGUAAUUCUCAAGCUCCAUCUCCUACGAGGGGAAGGUAAGACGUUUGCUUUAACUACGUGAUUUCAUUUCUUUGUAGUUAAAUGUUUGGAACAUGCCUUGGAAAGUAUUUUUUGGCAAUAUGUGUCUAGAAAACAGAAAUUAAAACGUUUUUGUUUUAAAGCAAACCUGCUUUGGCCUAAAAUUUUAAAUGAACUUCGAAUAGGGUGCCCAGGAGACAGCCCAACACUCAGGCAUUAUAAAUAAAUGUAUUUUAAACCACUCAAGUGUUCCUUUUAUACCUGCAAGGCAUAACAUGUGCAAACAUCUAAGGUUAUGCAGUUAUUUAUAGGUUUCUUAACAUUCAAAAUAUAUGUGUUUUCUAUAUUUAAUCGCUCUGAAAUGGAACUGAAUUCAAGUAUAAUUAUAGACAGCAUGCUCUUUUUCACUAAAGUUAAGUCCUAACAAUGACUUUUUCAUUUAUCAUACAGCAAAUCCGUGAGUAUGCCUUUCCCAGUGUCUCCGAAGCUGUCUCCCGGCAAUUCUAAUAGCUAUUCCUCCAAUGUGUCCAAUACUACUGGAGACAGGUCAUUUGUGACUAUACCACAGAAGAUUCACCAGAUGACCGCCAGCUAUGUCCAGGACACGUCCAACUUCCUUUAUGCCACUGAAAUUUGGGACCAAGCAGAACAACUCUGCGCAGAGCAAAGUGGUAAGGUUUCUUAUUAUUUACAUAAUAUGUAAUAAACUGCUUAGUUUCUCUGUAUUAAUUAUUAUAUUUAUUCUAGAUUAAAGGGCUGUAAUAGUUUACAAUUACAAUUACAACUACUAGUAAAAGCAUACUUUAAAAAGAUAAGGAGGUCCUUGCUCUGAUUUUAGUCUAGAUACUGGAAUGCAGCUUGACAUGGAAUAUUAUAACUAGAAAAAAAGGAUAUUGGCCUUAUAUUUACAUUUUAUUUAUUUUUUUCUCCAGAAUUUUUUUCUGAACUGGAGAAAGUUAUGGGUCCUCUGAUCUUUCAUUCCAGCACCAUCACAGAUCUGGUACGCUACACCCGUCAAGGCCUGCACUGGUUACGCCUUGAUGCCAAGUUGAAACAUUAA